AUGGAGCAGGCGGCCGAGGAGCAGGAGGACAACGAGGAGAUCCUGGAGCGGCUGAUGGCGCGGCUGGGGCGGGAGCUGCCGCAGCAGGAGCUGCAGGAGAACUUCACCGUGUUGGAGGAGCUGGGCAGAGGCUCCUACGGCUGCGCGCUGCUGGCGGAGCCCCGGCACGGCGGCUCGCCCCUGGUCCUCAAGCUGCUGCCGAAGGAGCAGACGGAGCGCCGGGCGUUCCUGCGGGAAUACUGCAUCUCGCAGUGCCUGUCCGGCCACGCCGCCUGCCUGCGCGCACUGCCCAUCGCCUUCGAGAGCAGCACGCACUUCGCCUUCGGGCAGGAGCUGGCUCCCGCCGGGGACCUCUGCGGCAUCCUCAACCCCGGGGAGGGCCUGGCGGAGGAGCUGGUGAAGCGCUGCGCGGCGCAGCUCGCCGGGGCGCUGGACUUCAUGCACGGCCGGGCGCUGGUGCACCGCGACGUCAAGCUGGACAACGUCCUGCUCUUCGACCGCGAGUGCCGCCGCGUCAAGCUGGGAGACUUCGGGCUCACCCGCCUGCAGGGCUCGGCCACGGGGCCCAUGUCCAGCACCCUGCCCUACGCCCCACCGGAGCUCUGCCUGCUCCAGGGCUCCGACACGCUGGAGCUGGAUUCCAGCCUGGACGUUUGGGCUUUCGCCGUCCUCCUCUUCUGCCUCUGCACCGGCUGCUUCCCCUGGGCCGUGGCCACCGGCGCUGACCCUCGCUUCGAGGAGUUCAGCGAGUGGCAAUGCGGCACGGCGGGGACGGUGCCGCCCGCGUCCUGGCGAGGCUUUGGCGCCGCGGCGCUGGAGAUGCUCCGGCGGCUCCUGACCCUGGAUCCCAACCGCCGGAGCCCCGCGAUCGAGGUGCAGAAAUACCUGUCCCUGCCCUGGCUGGUGGGGCCCAGCGCCCAGGAGCCAGCAGAGAGCGGCUCCGGGUGCCCCCUCACCGCUGGCGCUGGGGAGAGCUCGGGGGGCACCGGGGAUGCUGCUGGUCAAGGAGAUGGGGUUCCCCUGCCCCCCGCUAAUGAACUGGCGCAGUGCUGGUAG